CUCUCUCUUCUCUUACAUCUUUACACCGACAAAAACCUUGAUCUAUGCUCUAAUCUAUAUAGUAUAUAGACAUAAAAAAAAAAAAAAAACACAUCAAUUCUUCCAAAAGGCUAGUAGACACAUGGAUUAUGCAAAACACUCUGUUGGAAAUCCUGCACUGCUCUUGUUCUUCUUCUUUGGAGUCUUCUAUCUCUUUCUUUGGUCUUCCUCCAUCACAAACGAUUCCUCAAACACGACCACCGACAUUCAUGCUCCUCAUGAUCAAGAUGACCUCGAAGAAGCUCUAUCCAAAGCUUCAAUGGCGAACAAAACGGUAAUAAUCACCAUCGUAAACAAGGCAUACGCGGAGCAAGACGUGGGAGCCGACACCACCAUGCUGGACCUGUUCCUCGAAAGCUUUUGGCUUGGGGAGGACACUAGAUCACUGCUUGACCACCUCUUGCUCGUUGCCGUAGAUCAGACAGCCUAUGAUCGCUGCGUUUUUCGACGGUUGAACUGCUACAGAUUGGAGACAGACGGUGUGGAUUUUGGGGGAGAAAAGAUUUACAUGUCCGACGAUUUCGUCAAAAUGAUGUGGAGAAGAACCCAUUUUCUCCUGGAAGUUCUCAAGCGUGGCUACAGCUUCAUCUUUACGGAUACUGAUGUAAUGUGGUUAAGGAACCCAUUUUUAAGGCUAAGCAAAAACGAAAGCGAGGAUCUCCAAAUAAGCACCGACGUGUUUCUCGGCGAUCCAUCGCCGGAAAAACAACUUAUCAACACCGGAUUUUACUAUGUCCGAUCGAGCAACAAGACGAUAGCAAUGUUUGACAAAUGGUACAGCAUGAAGGAAAACUCCACGGGACAAAAAGAGCAGGAUGUGCUCCUAAACCUAAUACAAGCUGGUGGCAUAAUCAGAGAACUAAACCUUACACUAAGGUUCCUGGACACCCUUUAUUUUAGUGGGUUUUGCCAGAAUAGCAAGGAUUUCAGGGCAGUGACGACCGUCCAUGCCAACUGUUGUCGGAGCAUUAAUGCCAAGGUUAAGGACUUGAAGGUUGUCCUUCGUGAUUGGAAACGAUUCAAGAAGAUUAGUUCCUAUAAAAGGCUGGCCAAUGUGACAGCAAACUUGGUGUGGUCGGGUCACUUUGGAUGUUGGAAUUCUUGGAGAUCAGUACGUAGUAUACAUAAGACUAGUAGCCUUGUAUGAGACACUGCUUAUUAAUUGUAAUAUUAGUAGUGUUACAUACAGUCGU